GCUCUUCCCCAUUUACCCCUUAAAGCUUCUUCCUUAGCCGCGUCAAAGAUAUUGUGAGAUUUGAGGGGAAAAUCCCAAUUUUUUCUGAGGCUGAGUUGAGAGAUCGCUUCUUGGUUACACUUGCCUCGGGCUCACUAACCGCCCGCGCCGCGAGGGUUCGCAAAGCGUAUUUAUAAUCCGCAAGGCUUUGCAAACUUUGUCAUGACUCGAUUGAUUUCAGGAUCCUGAUGGAAAGGGUCUGAACUAUAAGACCGUGCACCACCCGUGCACCACGACACCGGUGCUCAUCAAUAGAAUCGGGAAAUUGGUUCGGUCCCCACUUUCGCAGCCCGGAAAUGGACCCGCUGAGUCUUGCCGGCCUGGCCGCAGGCAUCCCAGGUUUGUUUACCAGUGCUCUGCAAAUCUACGCUUUAAUUUCGAGCGCGGCCACCCAUGGGGAAGAUUUCCAAGUUAUGCUCUCUAGAUUCGAUGUGGAGCACGCGAGGUUCAUUCUGUGGGGGGGAACCGUGGGCUUGAUACAGAGCUCUCAAUCAUCAACAGGCUCGGGCAUCGAUCCACGGAUUGCGCAUCCGGAGAUACGCGAGACUGUGGCCAAAAUUCUUUCAUGCAUCCAAAAAUCUUUCCAUGAUACCGAGAAGCUGAAGAGACGGUAUGGGUUGAUACCGGGGGAAGGAAGGUCAUCACCGCUCCUAGGUCGCUCCAUGCCGCUGUGCGAGAAACCAACGCCCGCCUUCCUCUCCCUAUCAGUCUUCAAGGGGAUCUACGAGCGACAACAAUUAGCGGCGGCAGAAAUGCAGAAGCAAAAUUCGGCGCUUAAAAAGGCCCGCUGGGCUAUCGCAGAUAAGGGAAAGUUUACUACAGCCAUCGAGGACCUUAAGGCCUUCAACGACGGCCUACAUAGCCUUCUUCCAGAUCUUGAGUGGAAGACUCAAGAGCGUCUCCGGCAGGAGGUUCUGAAUAGUCAAGACGAGGAUGUAAUAAAGUUUUUGCAGCAGGCCUCGGAAGGAAUGCCCACAGGUCUCAACAGAGCGGCUACUAUCAGACUUAGUAGGCUUAACAGCAGGCAUCAAACCCCUCAAGCAGAUGGCCCAGCAGCUUAUGAGUUCCCAGCUACCAGUGAUUACGGCUUGGGCGACACUAACGGAGGAGUGCCAGGCAUCACUGUAGAUCUCGGGCGAGUAUCCGGCCAAGUCCCCUAUCUGGAACUCGCCGGGUCAGAGAAGUCCCGAUCGAAAUCGUUCCCGGGUGCAACCUUGACCGGCCCACGGGAUUGGGAAGAGUGCAAUGCUUCAGCAGAUUUCGUCGAAUUACCGGCCGGGGAUUUCAAUUCGGCCGCAAAUCCGCCGCCGAGUGGGCCACCCAUAGGUAUACGGAGGUCAGCUACCGUUAGGUCUCUCAGAGCACUACCCCAAGGAAAACUGGAAAUUUCCACCGCAGCUCAGGCCGAUCCGCGGGAAACGUUAGAGACCCCUCAAUCACCAGAUAUUACCUAUUUGGCGGCGGUGAAUAACCUCUUGGAUUCGCCAAAUUAUUUUUGGGGAGGUAUUUGAGAUUGUUCCAAUCGUUUGUCGAUUUAAACUCGCUAAUGCUGUGUCUCAGAAGUGACUCCGCCCCCAACCGACACAAGAUCCGAGUUGAGUGCUGAAAUUUCCAACAGUGCUCCUAAGUUGGGUGUUCAGCAAUGCGGCGAUACCCCCCCUCGUGUCUCUCCAAACCCUACGGGAAUGUUUUAUAUAUGCCUUGAUUUCCAAGACCGCGGCACCAGGUGAGUUAUGUCAUGGCUCGGACACCACCGCCUCCCCCGCUAAGGAUUGGGUCUAGGGCAGCUAUAGCACAUUCAUCAGAUCCAAAAGACUCCAAGGUAGUCGGUGGAUGGCCCGAUAACGACGCCUGCGAUUCGUAUUUUCAAAGUGCAUGGGUCCCAUCAGUGCUUGCAUAUGAUAAGCCUGGUAGUGGAUGCCGAUGGGGGCAUCAGGUCCAACAGUCGCAGGACCAAGCCGGCAGCUUCAUUGCGCAUCUUCAAGGGAAGAAAACCGGCUUAAUGACCUACCUCCAGCGGCACGGUAAAACGCUUCAGAUAGCUUUGGAAGACUACUUCGAUCAUCUGCUGCGACAUUUGCUAGAAGCUGCUAAGAAGAAGUACGGGCAUCAUGUUUAUGUCACUUCAAGAAUCGAGUGCGCACUUAUUGUAUCGAACAAGUGGGAGAGCAGCGUUUUCAACCCGUUGAGGAAUGCUAUUCAGAGAGCGCUCAUUAGUUUAGGAACCAACUCGGACGUCACCCUUCAAGUUGAUACUUCCCUGGCUGCUUCGUACGUCUCUGCUCGACUUUUCGCGCCGCAGCUCGAGAAGAAAAUCUGGGCCGAUGGGAAUUCUAUCGAGGGAAAUGGGGAAUUAUUCAUGGUCUGCCACGUAACCCUCGAGACACGGAAAGCAAUUGUAGCUCCCCUCCCUUCUUCUCGCAAGUUUUUCAACAACUGCUGACCUAUAACCACGCCCAGACAAUCCAAAUAUUCCAGGCUCAGAACCCCCAAGCCGUGAACUACCGCCCUCCCCAAUCUUCCGGAAUCGGAAUGCAAUCAGUCUACAGUGAAUUCGCAAAGUUCCUCGAACGCUAUUACGAAUAUAACAGAAUCCACUAUCGCAAACCGUACGAUAGCGCUCUGCAGAACUGGCUAGGCGUCGUACAGGAUUACUCGAGCAAAUCGAAUGUUUGGAUCUCGUGCCCUUACGACCCGGACUGCUAUCAGUGCCGUUGUGCGGGUGGGGAGCUGAGAGUUACCAAAGAACAGAUGGAGGGGAUUCUGAGUAGCUUUUUCGCGGAGGUAUGCACGCAGGUCCGAGGGGGGUUGGAUACGGUGUCUAGGCCCGAGGGGAGGAGUAAAGUUUUUAAGGUUUGCCCGGAUAAUUGGCGUCGCAGCCCUGGCUGGGGAUGGUGUACUAACGGGGUGGUAGGGUAUAUACCUUUGCGGUGAGUUGGGAUCCUGGUGCGGUGCCAUGUGUGAAUACCUUCGCAGGGAGCUACCGGAUCAGUCAAUAUAUCAGCUUCCAGGGAGGUGAGUGCCCACCAACCGGCCAUGAAUUCGGACAGCGACUAACUGACCCCUCAGCGCAACGGAGGUUGCCACAGGAGCCGCCAUAGCUGCACUGGGGCACGGUGCUUAAAAGUGGGGGCGAAACUAUGCGGUGAGAGAAUUUUUGGGACGUUCUGGUUCUGGCUACGGCGUAUAGUACGUUGGGUUGUGUUGCACACUGUAUCGCUAGGUGGGUAAAAAUUGGCGUUAGAGGUUGAGUGUUUUCUUUGUUGCGGAAUCAAGCUUAGCUGGAUCGGCAAGAUAUAUGAUAUGUCAUGAGGUGGUACAAAUUUGAAUAUCAUACAAUCUAUAUAGUAUUACGACUGAGGGUUAGGGAGCCAAGACCAUAGCCAAGGGGUUAACCUCGUAGAUUUCCAUAGGCACCGGCAAAUA